AUGGAAAUGCCGGCGGCGACGCAGGGGCGGCGGACGAGCACCGUGGUGGACCGGAAGCUCGACGAGCUCUGCGCCUGCCUCGUUGACGCGCUGUCGUCCGGACAGCAGACCCCCCACACCGACGAGCAGCUCCGCGCGAAAAUCAAAUCGAAGACCGAGUUCCUCCGGUUGCUCCUGUACGCCGAGGCGGAGUGCCACGGCGGGCCGCGCCCGGAGCACCUGGCCGAGGCCGAGGCGCGCUUCGCUGUCCUCGCGGCCACGUUCGAUGGGUGGGCGCGGCGCGCAGUCGUCGCUGCACCUGAACCAGUUGAGGAGGAGGAGGCUGACAGCUUGGUGUCCUCGCGGUCCGCGUGCUUCUGCACCGACUCGUGCCAGGAGGAGGCGACCGAGGGGGACGCCAUUCGCGACGCCAUGGAAGCACGUAACGAGGAGGGGACGUUGGAUGCCGUUGCUAAGAAGGGCGACAUCGAUCACGAGGCCGCGGUGGAGACGGGAAGCAGGGUUGUACAGCGGCGCUGGUGGAGGCAUAAUGCUGCUGCCUGCAGGUGCAGUGCAGCCGGCUUGGUCGUGGUGGUUGCGGUCGGGUUGGCUUUGGAAUUGGCUGCUGUGGCUCACCACAAUGUUAACAUUUGCGUUGGUCCGAAGUAG